AUGAGGGGUAAAUAAGUAGGGUUACUAUGAUCGAUCGACAGAACCAAAUGACAAGAUGCCAGAUGAACUUGCCAUUAACCUUUCUCUAUCUCCUCUAUUAUUCUUCAAUUCUCUCUUCAUAACCGCAUAACCAACUUCCAUUCAUUUUAAUUAAUUUCUUCAUAUCAACCUUCUCUUAUACUCGUAUUAAUUAACAUUCAUGGCCAAUUUACGUUCAUUUUUCUCAAACUUUAUCUUCAUCUUUGUCCACCUUGGUUGCUUCAUUACCUUCUCUACUCGCCACCACCUAAAACCGCCCUCUUCGUCCCCUUUCCUUCGCGUCUCCCCUGCCAAACUCAAACGCCAUAAAACCAUCUCUUCCACUUUUUCAUUCAUCAAAAGAAUUUUCUCAUACAAACCGACAUCAGAAAUCACCAAAAUACCCUCCCAACCUCCUUCGACCCGGUCAUCAUCCAUGACCCGACCCGAAACCCGAUCUGUUUCCGACUAUGAAAUCCAUCCGUGUCCGCAUUGUGGCGAGGUGUUCCCAAAAUCAGGGUUGCUCGAACAACAUCAGUCAACUAAACACACGGUUUAUGAGCUUUUGGAUGAUGACCCGAGUAAAAAUGUGGUCCGGAUCAUAUUCGGGUCGGGUUGGCCCGGGUCCAUCCCAACUAUUUAUCGUGUCAUGAAGAUCCACAACAGUCCAAAAAUACUCACACGGUUUGAAGAAUAUAGAGAAACCGUGAAGUCAAAGGCAGCCCGACCCGGUGGAUUACAACGGGCUGACCCACGGUGUCUAGCCGACGGUAACGAGCAGUUACGGUUUCAUUGCACAACCUUUUUAUGUGACUUGGGCCAAAAUGGUAACUCUAGCAUUUGUGCCCAUAAAUAUUGUAGUGUUUGUGGUAUAAUCGGAUCCGGAUUUUCACCCAAGUUAGAUGGUAUAUCCACUUCAUCAAAUAGCUGGAAAGGACACGUGGCAAUCCCUGAUGACAUUGAACAGGAGUUUGGGUUCAUGAAUGUGAAACGGGCUAUGCUCGUUUGUCGGGUUAUAGCUGGUCGGGUCGGGUGUGACCCGGGUUUGGGUGAUAAAGAUGACCCGGGUUAUGAUUCUUUAGUUGGGAGGGAAUUUGGUGUGGUGCAAACAAGGUUGGAUGAAAAUGAUGAGCUUAUUGUGUUUAAUCCUAGGGCUGUGUUGCCUUGUUUUGUGAUUGUUUACACUGUUUAAAUAUAUGAUUUGUGGGAUAGAAUUUAGCUAUGGUAGAGUGAUAAGUUUUGUAUUUUUAAGAUUUGAGUAUUCCUAUUAGUGAUUGGAUAUUGCUAUUAUGAGAAAGAAAUUACCAAUCAAA